UAAAAAACAAGGAAGAUUAAAUAAGUAAUUUGAUCUUAACAAAAUAUUCGGUAUUAAACUUCUACAAUAUUAUAUUCUUUUGAAAAGGUACUUUACUUAAAUUUAACUACCAUUGAAAGAAGUUUUGAAGGAAGUUUUAAUGUAAACUCCCGACAAGGAAGUUUCUGAAGUUGUAUAAACUACAGGCUGUGAAAAUCUCCGCACAAAGUUAUUCAUCGAAUUCGUUGAAUUAAUACUUUAAAGUUAAUAUUUAAUAUAUUAAAUCGGUAGACAUUAUAUUUUUUUUCGGAUUAUCUUUUUAAAGAUAGAUGGGCAAUGGUUGCCUUUAAAGACCGUGUACGGACGGUGUUCCGGUUUUGGACCACAGCACAGCGAUAUGACGUCACGAGGGAAAAAGUGGAAGGACGAAAUUGGAGGAAAAACAUGAGGGUUGUUUUGAUUGCAAGCACGGUGACCGUUGCUGUACUUUUAGUGGUAAUGUCAUUGGUGUAUCUUAUAUUAAAUUACAAAUCGGAAAGUGUAUCUGACCUUGACACUUUACGUCAGUACAGGAAACAAACGGAAUCAAUCGUCCAAAAGUGGAUACAGGAAAUUUACGUGCUGAAAAAUAAUACUACAACAGGUUACCCAACCUCUAAUUCCUUUGAUGUAAUAUCUCGUAAUGGAUAUAUCAUGCAAGAAAUAGUAAAGAAAAUGGCUGUGAUAAAAAUAGUAAGUCUGAAUGACUUAAAGUCAGACGAAAAUCAUCAAAACAUGUUCAAGGAGAUAGCUCGUGACCUUUGUCAACCGGAAGUAGUAUGUGGGAACUAUGCACCGUAUCGAACUUUUGACGGAAGUUGCAAUAACUUGUACAAUACACAGUGGGGAAAGACGGGAACGCCUCAGAGGCGUUCACUUCCGGCAGACUAUAGUGAUCAAAUAGGUGCACCGAGGAUGUUCGGUAAGAGUGGGAGCCCGUUGCCAAGCCCCAGGAUCGUGAGUAACGUGAUACAUUCUCCAGGCCCAAACAGACGCAAGGACGAACAAUCAACAGUUAUGGUGAUGGCCUUCGGACAGUUUAUGUCUCAUGAUAUAGCAUCAACACCAAUGAUGGACGGUCAUCAUUCCAGUGUCAUAAAAUGCUGCGAAAACUAUCAAAACGGGAAACUAAAUGGACCUUUCCAGGCGUGUUUUCCUGUGCAGGUUCCCAGAAAUGAUUUGUUUUUCAAUGACUCUACAUGUAUGUCCUUCACCAGGUCAGCACCGGCUGUAUGUGACAAGUGCGAAAUAUGUGGACGGGAACAAAUUAAUGAAAUGUCAUCCUAUAUUGAUGCCAGUCAGGUAUAUGGUAAAUCAGAAGCUUUAAGUCGUCAAUUACGUACAUUCUCUCGUGGUGCGCUUCUAGUAAAUGAGGAAAAUCUUUUGCCGAAACAAAAGACUCAGAGUUGUACAUUAACAAAACAAAAGCAGUAUUGUUUUAAUGCUGGUGACGGCAGGGUAAACGUAGUACCAAAUCUGUCCACAUUACACACGGCAUUUGUUCGUCUGCACAACAGAAUUGCGGAAAGACUGUCAGAAAACUACAUAUAUAGCGACGACGAAAAACUGUAUCAAGAAACUAGAAAGAUUCUUAUCGCCAUCAUGCAAAAUAUUGUAUACAAUGAAUACCUGCCCACCAUUUUAGGAGAAAAAUACAUGAAAAUGUACAACUUAAGCGUUAGUCACGGUUUUGUCAAUGUGUAUGACCGUUCUGUAGACGCUAGCAUAUCAAAUGAAUUCAGCACGGCAGCGUUCCGCUUUGGUCACGUAACUGUUCCAGGUGACCAAUCAUCUUUGAACAAUCAGUAUGAUACCGAAUGCGUUUCUCCUAUUGAACAAACUUAUCAUAACCCUAACUUGACCUUUUCGUACUGCGAUGGGCUUUCCAGGUGGAUGGUGCAUAAUAAAGGAGUUUCGCCAGACGGAACAUUCGACAAAGGUGUUCGAAAUCUUCUUUUCCUAAAGAAUAAAGUAAGUUUUGAUCUUGCUGCUUUAAACAUCCAACGUGGAAGAGACCAUGGACUGCCAUCAUACAAUCAUUGGCGUCAAUUUUGUGGUCUGCCAAAAAUAACAGACGAACAAUUCAAAACACAAGGGAACGCGUUUGGUGACUUUACUUCAGAGAAUGCCGAUCUAUUUAGAAAUAUAUAUAGUCACCCGGAUGAUAUUGACCUGUAUUCAGGCGGGGUUAAAGAAACGAACGAACCAGGCGCACAAGUUGGUCCAACAUUUGCUUGUUUAUUAGCUCACCAGUUUAAACAGUUAAAAUACGGUGACCGGUUCUACUAUGAAAACCCUUUGAAAAUUACAGGCUUUACAAAAGAUCAACUUGCAUCCAUAAAAAGUCAGAGUUUUGCUAAAGUUUUAUGCGAAACAAUGAACAUUUUAGAAAUACAGUCAAACGUGUUCAAACCAGUUUCAGACAGGAAUCCACUUCGAAAGUGUUAUGACUUGAUAGACCUUAACGUGAAUUUGUGGACAAGAUAUUAAACAGAAUGGAAUAAAUCAUGUUUCUCUAUCAUAAUCGUGCAAUAACCUAUUGUUCAUGUACAUGUGUGUUUGAAAUAACCAUUUAAACAUUGUGAUAUAACAAAUAUACAAUCCAUAAUACUGUGAUAAAUCAUGUCCGAUUAUUUCAAGUGUUCUGUGUUUUUGAACACAUAGGAGUGUGUUCGUAAAACAACAUAGAAUUUAACACAAAGUCUGCUGGCGACAACGAGACCAGUGCGGACAAAAAUCAGCCAGCACGACUGUCUGUAUAUAUUUAAUAUUUUGUUUUCUGAUUUUCCCUAAAAAAAAAUAGAUAAAUGUUCUCUUAUCCAGUUUGAAAUAUGGACACGUUAUUCCAUUUAAGAUUUAACGCUCGGUUAGAGUAAAUAAUAUUUCUGGAAAAUUGUUUAGGUGUUCGUAUAAACAUACGUUAACAAGUAAAUUUCAUCCCUGGAAAAAUGUUGUCUUUAAAGGCUCAUUAUGCCUCAGAAAUCAGUAUUUUUUAAUUCUUUAGUAAUGUCAAACAUUUGUUUCAUAAUGUUUUAGUAAUGGAUUUAGAGUUAGAGUAUGUUAGAGGGUUACACGUGAAAAAAAGAAGUGCUGAACAUGCAUGUAUAGAUCGUAAAUGUAGCAAAUUGUAAACAAAGUAGUAUUUGACCUCAAUACUAAAUACUAGUCAAUAAUUAUACCAGUUGCCAACAUAGGUAAACAUGUAUAAUGUUUUUGGAAACUGUUACUAGAUACCAACAAUAAGCAGUUUUUGUGAAAACAAACUGAUAGCAUUUAUUUGGCAUAAUGGACAUUUAAGUUACAUGACCGAUUAGAAUAAAUCUGCUGAUAGAUUUGUUCAUCGUUUUGACAAAAAAUAGUUUGCCUCUUUUCUAUCAAGUAUAAAGUUCGAGUUAGAUAUAUUUAAACAAUUGUUUUGAUCAAAAUUUGAUAAAAACGUAAUAAUUUUUUAAAGCUUGAAGUUAUUUUUCUUAAUGUGAUCAUACAUACAAAAAUUAUAGCAAGACGAAAAGGCUUAUACGUUUUCCAAGAAUUUCUAGUUCGAUUUACUUUUUUUCUUGUCAUUUCAUGCAAGCAACAUUUUGGACCAUGAAAUGAAAGUCAUUUUUUUCGAAAUCAUAGGAAAUUGACCAUUGAGUUUAAAUCCUUUAUCAUCUUUCAGUAUUCAUUUGUUUUGACAAUAUUCAUACAACUUAAGGCGCAGUAUUGUUCAGAAAAUAUUUUUGUUUUCUUUUUUAUGAAGGCAAAACAUGUGUUUAAUCAUAUUAUAUACUUAUCAACGGAAGUGAGUAGUGCUGUGUGUGAAAUAAUGUGCUAUAAAGGUACUCAAAGCUAUAUGGUCAAUGAAUGCUUUUUCGAAACACCAAAAUGAAAUACAAAUAAAGUUUUUGAGAAACUAAAAGUAAAAUCAUUAUUUUGGAGCUUAUGUUACAUUUAUGAUAUUAUCAUUUUCACACACAGUGCAUCUAAUAUGUUUAUAUGUCCCCAUUUUUAUCAACAUUUUAGCUUAUUUAUAAGCGGACUCAUGACGUUAAUAUCUAAUUUAAAUUUAAAUUUAUAAUUUGAAUUUUAUAUGCACAUUUUUAUUUCAAAUGAAUAUAUGAGCGCAUAAAAAUGCUAGUUUUUUUAUGAUUCUAACGCUUUAGAUAUUUUAAUUUAUAUUUCAUUCUAAAUAUUCCAUACUAAAUAAAUAUAAGAUUUCAUAAAUUAUCUUAUUUCCUUUUGCAGUUUAAACUCUUAAUCGCAUCUUCUCGGCCCUUUCCGUCAAAUAUCGGAUAAGAUUGUCAUCGAUAAUAGCUGAGAGGUGCCGAUUAUUAAACUUUUAAUGUAAAUGUGUUCAUACUGAAUACGAUUGACAUAUGUAUAUAUAUAUAUAAUUAAAUUCUUUCAAAUUUCAUGCUUUUUCAUAUCGAAAAAGAAGGACUGUAAAAUAAAUAUACAAAAUCUUUAUUGAUUUCAAAUUUUACUACUUCGGCUCAAAGCCUUAUACCGUUAUAUUCAUAUUUUAUAUGUUAACAAUAUAUGUGUUGUUCAUGAUAUUUUCUGAAUAAAUGGUUUGUCUAAUAAAUUGUUUAAAAAUCAUUUUUAUUGAAGUCUGUACAUAGCUUUCUUAUGUUUGUAAAGUUUUAAACUGUUACUGUUUGAAUGAAAUUAAACUUUUAUUUAAAAUAAAGAUUUUUUGCUAAUAUA